AAAUAUAUCAAUACAUCAGCUCCACACAGUUUUUAAACUAUAUUUAGUUUCCUCUUUAUUACAUUUUCAGAUGAUCAGAUUAUGUGAGACAGCAGACACUAUUGUACAGUGACGUAAUGCUUCAAGGCGAUCCGGCACACGUCAUCCAACUCAGAUCAGAGGGGGGCGACUUUAUGAACGAAAACACGCGCGCGUCACCAAGAUCCUGCACGGUCGUAAAUUCUGGACACUGGACUAUAAAAACCUAAAAGAGACACUUGAACCAUAACUAACACGAACGACGUUUAAAGCAGUUACACAUUUGAGUGAUUUCAGAAGCCCCGCCCCCGCCGCGCGGAUGGUUCGCUCCACUCCGCCGUGAGCUGCUUGUUCCUCCGCCGCCGCCGUUUGGACCCGAUGAGCGAAUCCGUUUCGAAUAUUUACGCUUCGGACCCGCGGAAGAGCCAUGCAUUGCGGAUUUCCACGCGUGUUCAGUCGCUUUUAAUAGUUUGAGUUACUUCUAACGCUACUUGAUCAGGUCGUGUAACGCCGAUCGCGGACCAGAGUGACGGUGUGUCCAGUCCCAUGUUGCAGCCGAAUCAGGACGAACAUGCCCGCUCAAAAGAUCCGGUGAAAUACGGUGAACUGGUGAUCCUCGGGUAUAAUGGCUCUCUGCCAGGCGGAGAUCACGGUCGGAAGAGGAGCCGCUUUGCUCUUUUCAGGAGGGCAAAAGCCAACGGCGUCAAGCCGAGCGCUGUGCACAUCCUCAGCAACCCACACGACAGCAAGGCGGUUAACAGCAGGGGUCAGCACAGCAUCUCCUUCACUCUCUCCAGGAAUCAGACAGUGGUUGUGGAAUACUGCCAUGACAACAACACCGACAUGUUCCAGAUCGGCCGCUCCACUGAGAGUCCUAUAGACUUUGUGGUGACCGAUACACCCGGCGGCUCAAAAGAGAGCGAAGAAUCUUCGUCUGCGCCCAGCACCAUCUCUCGCUUCGCCUGCAGGGUGGUGUGUGACCGGAACCCUCCGUACACCGCCCGAAUCUACGCCGCUGGCUUUGAUUCCUCCAAAAACAUCUUCCUCGGGGAAAAAGCUACAAAAUGGAAGAAUCCGGAUGGUCACAUGGAUGGACUGACGACCAAUGGGGUGCUUGUGAUGCAUCCUCAAGGUUUUCCAGAAGAUCCUACGCAGGGUCUGUGGAGAGAGAUAUCGGUCUGCGGGGACGUCUACGCCCUCCGAGAGACCAGAUCCGGGCCUAUGCGUGGACAGCUGGCUCAAGGUGAAAGCAGCGCUCUGCAGGACGGCUCUCUGGUGGAUCUAUGUGGUGCCACGCUGCUGUGGCGCACGGCUGAAGGCCUGCUAAAAGCACCCACCCUGCGACACCUGGACGCCCUGCGUCUGGAGCUGAACGCCGCUCGCCCGCAGUGCCCCGUGGGUCUGAGCACGCUGGCCUUCCCCAGCCUCCCCCGCAGCCACAGUCUGGAGGAACGUCAGCCGUGGGCUUACCUAGCCUGCGGCCACGUCCACGGCAGACACGACUGGGGGCAGCGACCCGAACGCCACCGGGAACGAGAGGAAGGGUCCUGCGGAGGCACCGGGGGCCGUCGGGAGUGCCCUCUCUGUCGGACGGUCGGGCCUUAUGUUCCCCUGUGGUUGGGUUGCGAGCCCGCCUUCUAUGUGGACGCAGGUGCCCCCACUCACGCCUUUGUGCCCUGCGGUCACGUGUGCUCAGAGAAGACGGCCAGGUAUUGGGCGGAGACGCCGCUGCCACACGGGACCCACGCCUUUCGACCCACGUGCCCAUUCUGCUCGGCCCCGCUGUCGGGCGGCCCCGGUUACACUCGCCUCAUCUUCCAGGGUCCCAUUGAUUGAUAAGGUGGCCGAAGGAGGGGAGGAGGGGGCGUUAGUUACACUAGAGGCUGUAUUUCUGACCGUGAUGCCUGUGCCAAUGUUUUACAUUACGUUAUUGUGAAUUCGCAUUAUGUAUUUUUGUUUUAAGCGCACAGAUCGCUCAGCAUUGGUGAGUAAUGCUGCCUUCAAGUCAGAAUGAUGGAUGAGACGA